GGCUCCGCUCAGCCGAGCCACGCUCAGGAACUUGACUUUCUUCUCCUGUUCUUUCAUCUUUGCAAGCGGCAACACGUAUUGCUUCGAGACGAACAAGCAAACAAACAAAAAGGCAAAAUUGCAGUCUACUAAGAAAAAGGCAAAGGUCCUACGGGGAAGGGGGAAAGGGACGCCUGCGCGUUGCCAUAGCUACGCCUUAGUUUGGGUCCCGCUUCCUGCCGGGCUGGUAGAAAUGUCGGGAAAGGUAGUGUUUCUUUCCUCUUCCUAGAAUGGAGAUUGGGAUCCUACCAUAGAGGACGGAAAAACCUGGAGCACGAAGGCAGGGGAACGCUCCCUUCUCUUUGCUCUCUUAUUUUCUCCCAUCUAAACCUUUAUCGUUCAAGAAACAACCUGGGCAUGGUGAUCCUUGCGGGUUAAUCUCAGCACUCCUUCCAGAGGCUGAGUGAUUACCAAUUCAAAAUCAGAACACAAUGACACAUACUAAAAUUGUCCUGAAAUUACCUUAAGAAGAGGCAAAAGACUGCAUUCUGUUUUGGAGGACCAAUAAUGAAUCCAACCACUGAAUAAGCCUGCAGACCUGUGUGCCUGCUCUACCAAGGAGAAGGAGGUUACUACAUUCUUGUGAAAUUAUAAAUCUACCCCAGAGGGCAAGAGAACUAUCGCAGGAAGAAUGGAAGGGGACCAGUUGGAAGCCUUGGACUUCCCUUCAGAAGCUCUGCACUCUGAGGUGACCGUGGUAGUGACAGGGGAACCGCCUGGCGCUAUAGAAGAAGAACCAGAAAAUGAAGAGGAGGGAGAAGCCACCUCAGAAGUCAUAGAUGUACUGUCCCUUCUGGACGUGCUGAGGGUCUCUGCAGUUAUGGAGGACAUCAUCGACCAGCUCUCUAUUCUAAGCUACAUCAUCCCAGUUCAGUACGAAAGGAAGCAGAGCAUCAGCCAGAAAUCCAGCCACGAAGGAACAUCUAUGGUCUCAAGUACAAGGAAAACAUCUCUUACUAAAGAAAGACCCACAGUCUCAGAAACCAAACAACGAGGCCUGGAUUUUAUCCUUAAAAAACCUACAAGACAGACCAUGAUGACUCUGGAGACACUGAAGAAGAUUCAGAAUGACAGGCAAUAUUUCAGUGACGUGAUUACAAGUGCCAUGAGGGAGAUGCAGGAUUCGGGCUCUUUCAGGGGUCUCCUGGAAGCGUUGGGCACAGAAAGAGAUAAAAAGAUGAACUUCCAUGAAGCCAUCACAAGGGAGGAAAAAGGAAGGAGAGAGAUAAAAUCUCUUCAGAGACAGUUAGUUGACGUCAAAAAGGAACGUCAAAUGCAAGUCCAGAAUGGGAACGAAUACAUUGCUCACCUCAAGGACCAGUUACAAGAGAUGAAGGCCAAAACCAACUUGGAGAAUCUUUAUAUGAAAAGAAAUACUGAGCUGCAGAUUUCCCAGACCCAGAAGAAAUGUAACAGAGCAGAGGAACUCUUACUGGAGGAGAUUGAGAAGCUGAGGAUGAGAACUGAAGAAGAGAACCGAGUUCACACGGACAUCGAAAUGUUCCUUAAAAAAGAGCAGCAGAAACUUGAGGAGAAGCUAGAGUUCUGGAUGGAGAAAUUUGAUAAAGAUACAGAAGCAAAACAGAAUGAGUUAAAUGCUCUCAAGGCUGCCAAGGCCACCGACCUAUCACACCUUCAAGACCUUGCAAAGACGAUCCGGGAGUAUGAGCAGGUCAUCAUUGAGGAUCGGAUGGAAAAGGAGAAGACCAGGAAGAAGAUGGAACAGGAUGACCUGGAGCUGAAGAGCAUCGUGAAGCUGCAGGCCUGGUGGCGGGGUACAGUGGUCCGGAAGGAAAUUGGAGGCUUCAGAAUGCCCAAGAAAGAGAAAGAUGACGGCAAAGACUCCAAAGGCAAGGAGAAGGAUAAACGGAGAGGCAAGAAGUGAGGAGUGAGAAGUCCCUGUUGUUCCUUUGUCUGGUCUCAAGAGACACACGUGAUGAAGAGCUUCAGUUCCAACGCUCGCUUGUGGGUUGUCACCCAGGACACUGAGGGAGGUCGCCAGGCCUGUUACCCUAGUUUUCAAACCCCGAUGGGGGCUAUGCCAUGGCUGUAGGGCCUCUUCAGACUGUGGACUUGGGGGAAGACAGGUUGAGUAGCUUUGUGAACAUUCUCAUCAGAAAACAGUUCAUCAGCUUAUAGUGAUGUACUAAAAACUUCUGUAAUAUCUGACUUAAUGCCAUAUGAUUCAAGUGAAAAACUUAUAAACCAAAGUGAGAAUUCAGUGAAAAUAUAAGGUUAUCACUUAGUAUAAUAUGUAUACACAUGGUAGUUAAUAAACUUUGGUUCUUGACUGUCUCA